UGGCUGAGCAUGAUGGGAAGAAGUUGAGGCCGAUUGAGUACAUAAGCAAGAAAAUGCCAUCAAAGAAACUGGCAAAGUUUACCUGUGAAAGGGAACUAUAUGCUCUCUACAAAGCACUUGUUCAUUGGAGGAAGCUUCUCAUAUUUGAGAACCAACCAUCAGACCCUCAAAUGGAUCAAGACUCGACCGACUCUCUCUGAUGCACUCAAGCGAUGGAUUGAGGUUAUAGAUCAGUAUGACUUCAAGCUAGAGUAUCAAAAGGGAGAGUACAACAAGGUUGCAGAUGCGCUGUCACGUAGAGCAGACUACCUAGGCGCGCUAGUUUCUGUCUUUGGUGUAUCUGAGGAACUAACUCAAUCGUUGGUGGGAGCCCAUCAGGAAGACCCUGUCACUAUGUACAUCAUACGCAAACUUCAGGCAAAAGACAAGGCCACAAAAAAUGAGUUUGUGAUGGUGGACGGGCUUCUCUUUCUCGAUAAGGCCGGAUUGAAAAGAUUAGUUGUACCAUCUAGUGAACGUUUGCGUAGUUUAUUCUUAGGAGAAUGUCAUGACGCAGCCGGACACUUUGGCUACAAAAAGACGAGUGCCAAUCUAGUACAGCGAUUUUGGUGGCCUGGAAUGCUAGAUGACGCAAAGAAGUAUGUAGAGACCUGUCAGGUCUGUGAGCGGGACAAGCCGCGAACUCAAGCACCGCUUGGGUUGCUGAAGCCUUCACCUAUCCCCGCUGGUCCUGGACAGAGUGUUUCCAUGGACUUCAUGGACACCCUGGUGACCAGUAGGAGUGGCAAGAGGCACAUCUUUGUCAUCAUUGAUCGAUUCACCAAAUACGCUAGACUAAUUGCCAUGCCAGAGACCGCAAGGACUAACCACGUCAUCAAGUUGUUUAUGGACAACUGGGUACGUGAUUUUGGACUACCAAAGUCAAUCGUUAGUGACAGAGAUGUCCGAUUCACAAGUGAGUUGUGGAAGAAGACUGCUGAGCAGAUGGGCAGUCAACUUCAGACGACUUCAGGGAAUCAUCCCGAAGCCAACGGACAGGCCGAGCAGAUGAACACGGUUGUACAACACCUGCCGAGGCAUUACAUCAAGCCCAGCCAGGAUGAGUGGGAUGAGAAGUUGCCUCUCAUUGCCAGCCUGUACAACAACGCUGUACACAGCAGUACCGGCGUUAGUCCUAAUCAGCUACACUUGGGAUGGAAGCCUAGAUCAGCUCUGGACUUCCUCCUGCCUGAAAAUCGACCCUCUGCAACUCCAGGCACACUUGAGUAUGGUGUGCAGUAUGAGAAGUUGCCACAGCAAGUUGUCGAACACAUCGAGAAAGCUCACCAAGCGAUGAUUGCUUCUAAGAACAAACAUCGUCGGCAGUCCUCAUUUCAGGUAGGGGAACGUGUCUGGGUCAAGGCUAGUGAGUUAGGACAGGAAUUUGAAAUCUCUCGCAAACUAAUGCCUCAGUAUUUUGGUCCAUGGGAAGUCCUGGAUAUAGUUGGGGAUGAGAUGGAUGGUCCUACCUAUGUUAUCCGUACCGCUAGUCACUUACGCACUCACCCUGUCUUUCAUGCCUCAGAGGCUGCACCUUUCGCUGAGACAGAUCAAUUUCCUUCCAGGAGAUCAAUGCUGCCCCCAACCAUGGAUGGUCAAGUGGACAUCAACGACAUUGUGGAUCACAGAGAUCUGCCUGUUCCAAAGCCACUGGGUGGAGGAAGACUUCCAAAACCCAAGCGGGAGUAUCGCGUUCGAUUCAGUACGGAUCCGAAGGAAGAUCGGUGGUUUGCCAGAGAGGAACUGAUUGACACAGCUCCUCAAGUGGUGGCAGAUUAUGAGAGAAUGUUAAAAGGGAAGGCACCUGCGAAGUAAGCAUCCCAGCGGACUUUCGAAGCUAAGGGGGAUGGAAUGUGAGGAUUGAGCCCUCAAGAAGGGGCCUUGCCAUGAUGUACAUGUUAUGGGCUAAGGCCUCAGCAAGCCUCAUGCCCGCCCUAAGUAAAGGCGGGCCAACAAAUCAACAAGAGCCCU